AUGGCAACAUCAGAUAGAACACCUUAUCAAAUACUUGGAGUAUCCGAAGAUAUUGACUAUGUUAAACUACGAGGAGUCUACUGUGAAAAAAUUCAUGAUCAUCUAAAAAAGAAAAUUUCUGCCAUCAACUUUCGUCGUAUUUGCCGUGCAUAUGAAACAUUAUCUGACUUUGAAAAACGGGACCUGUACGAUGCCGAGAAAGAAUGGAUUUUUGAACUACCAAUCGACAAAUAUACAUCACAACAAUUGGCUGCUGAACCAGAUCUAAUACGUGAUCUAAAACAGCGACUGCGAAAUGCUAAUUUAACAAAAUUAAACGCUCAAGAUCCUGUGACAGGUCAUACAACGCUUUACACUGCAGCUCGUGCUGGCAAUUUAGAAGCCGUGAAAUUUUUAACUGAACAAGGAGCAGAACCUGAUCUGUCACAACGAACAAAAAGUACUGCAUUGCAUGUGGCUUCUUUUUACGGGCAUGCUGAUGUUGUUCGUUGUCUGUUGGAAAGCGGAGCAAACUUUGAAAUAAAGAAUGGAGGUAAUAGUACAGCUGAAGACGAAUCAUAUAAUGCUAAUGUAAAAAAAAUGUUUACUGAACUCAAACAGAUCGCUUACGUUCGAGCGGCUGCCAAUGAGCUCGAUUGGUUUUAUCAGAAUGGGCUGACACAACAUCAGGAUACAGAAUAUUUUUCACAACGUCAAACACUUUUACAUUGUGCUAGUAAGAAAGGCUAUCAUGAUUUGGUGCAUUGGCUCGUAGAGCAACGUCAGGCUAAUAUCGAUCUGGUUGAUUUUAAUGGGAAUACGGCUUUACAUCUUGCCGCAUACGGUGGCCAUCAAAAGAUUAUCCAAUAUCUUCUUAAUUGCGGCUGUGAUUCAACUGUUAAAAAUCGAUGGGGCACAACAGCUGAAGAAGAAGGAGCCAUGAAACAUGGUAAUAGCAUUACUGAUAUUUUUAAAGAAAUUCGUGAACGUGACAUGUUUGAAAUGGCCCGCACUGGUGUAGAUUGGUGGUUUUAUUAUUAUUUUGAUGACAGUUUAAAAGAUACCAAUGAUACUACUGGUAUAAGUUUACUUUAUUAUGCAUGUCGUUAUGGACAUUUUUCUGUGGCUAAAUGGUUAUUAGAACAUGGAGCUAAUGUAAAUAUUCAGAUGAAAACUAAACCCAAGAGUACUCCAUUACAUGGAGCAAAAUAUCGUGGUCAUUAUUUAAUUGUGGAGCUCCUACUUGAAUAUGGCGCAGAUGUCAAUAUUAAAAAUGAUUUUGGAACAACGAUUUUCGACGAAGAAAUUUCAAACGACGUAGACAAUAUUUCAUCAAAUAAAAUUCAAGAAAUCUUAUUACAAUAUCAAAGUAAUUUAAAAAGUGACAAGUUGAUUGAUGUACACGUGUAUGAAAAUGAUGGUCAAGAUGAGGAGCCAAUCGUAAAAGUCAAACUAGGACUUAGAUCAAAAUAUUCAGAUCUAUUAGCAGCUCUGUCGACCGUAUCAGAUGAUCAAUAUCCUUAUUUUUCAAUUGCUCGGCGUAUGCUUUCGUUCAAGGAAAAAGAGGAAACAACUAUUAUAUCAGCUGUAGGUGGUGCACGAUAUGGUUUUUCGAAAUUUAUUGAUACACCAAUUCGUCUUAUUGGUCACAAAACGUUACCAGAUGGACAUACGAAGAAUCAACCAAUUCAUCAGGAGCCUAAAUUAUCUCUUCGAGAGUUUAACAAAAAACUCGACUCUCAAGGUAAAACUAGUACAUUUUCAUUAAAAUCUCCUCUGAAUGCCAAGAAAACUGUUCAAAUUGGUAACUUGACGUUUACUUUCGCUGAGGGUUCUAUAAAAAGUGAUAUUGAAUUCAAAGUAAUAGCACUUGCUACACCCGAUCCUGAAACGUUUGACAUACCUGGAUGUAUUUGUCUCUUUAAAACUGAAAUUGAUCAACCUAAUUCUGAACUUAGUGAAUUACCUCUUGUAUCAAUAGCCAAUGGAUUGGAAGCUCGUUUCUAUACUUUGGCGCAACCUUCAACAUAUUGGUUUAGUUCGCACACUCGUCAAACUCGUUUACCUAUGCUUCAAGGCAUUCAUGCGUUCGUUCGUCACAUCGAUAUCAUUCCAAAUGCACUUACCCUACCAGGAGAUAUGUUUAUUGCAGCUGCACUCGAUCAACCAUUGAUAUCACGAACGAAUCCUGUACCGUGCACAUGUUUGGUUCUUCGGAAACAGGAUUCUAAUAUGUUUCCUAACAUAGCUUAUCAUGGAACGAAUAUCAAAGUUAUCCAAUUCAUCGUUCACGACGGACUUGCCACACCAGGCACGUUAACAGCUAAUGGAAAACGUAUCAAUCCCCCAUCAAACCAUAUUGCACGUGAUGUAACCGCAUUCCAUGUCAAAGAUUUUGCUGCUGCUAUUUUUCUAAGUCCAAGUGUGCAUUAUAGCUCGGAUCCAGUUUAUGCAAUACCAUUUUCUCACGGUGAUCUACAAAUGAUACCUAUACUAGAAUGCAGUGUAAAGCGUAACAGCUAUGAUACUUAUCCUUCUACUGUGCGACACUAUAUUGAACACCCAGGUGACAACAUGGAUGCCAUUGAAUGGCGAAUAAAAUAUCCAGCUGAUAUCGAAAUCAAUGCGAUAUUAUUUAUUACCACGAAUGAAUCGAUUAGUGCUUCGAAACUGGCACGAAUUACUAAAACUAGUUGA